AUUAGCAUUUUGUCCGUAACUGGCAGAAUAGGACUCGUGAUUGUUUGUCAACAAAGUAAGCUCAUAACACCUAUCAACAGGAAGAGUAACCACAAUUUUUUAAGCACUUCCUAAUCCUAUUACUCAUUUCUUUUGACUAAUGAGCGAAGUUUAAAGUUUUUAUUAGUGUUUUCUACACUACUACUAUACCAAGAUGAAGAUAUUAUUCCUGAUGUUGGCUCUGUGCUUUUCGCUGGCGCAUAGUCGCCGUGUCAAUGUUGCUGCUGGCCGUACUGUUAGAGCAGGAGGACUUGUUGGGGGUUAUUCCUCUCAAAAUCUUACUUUAUUGACUGAGGAAGACAAAAUACCCAUCCAGGAAGCUGCCAACAAAGCGAUUGAACUUAUGAAUCAAGUCAAGACCAGUAAUGGAAAUAAUAACGCAUUGCCACUUAGUCUGGUGGACAUCAUUGAAGUCAAGACUCAGGUACCACUAAGCCCUCCACUAUUCUAUGGAGUCUAUAUAAUAUAUAUAUAUAUAGAUCUAUAUUAUAUAUAUAUAUAUAUAUAUAUAUAUUAAUAUAGGCCUAAUUAAUAUAGUUUAUAAUAUAACCAGUGGUGUAGUUACAAUGGUGCUGGUGGUGCCACCAUACCAGGCCCCGAAGCUAAAAGGGGCCAGAAAGAAAAAUGGCUAAUUACAAAUUUGGAGAUAUCAGCCACUGACAUCAUUUGCAAGUUUAUUAAAGUUGCAGUGAAUUAGGGUUCAGGUUAGGUAUAUGGAUACAUUUAGGGUUCAGGUUAGGUAUAUGGAUACAUUUAGGGUUCAGGUUAGGUUUAGGGAAACAUUUAGGACAUGGGUCACGAUAACCAAGAUGGCGGCCGCCGGCUGAUCUCUCCAAAUUUACCAGAAAAAUAAUAAAGAUACAAAAAUUAUCUCGCACCAGGGCCCACGCAACUCUAGCUACACCACUGAAUAUAACCCAAAGUUAUUGCUGAAGGCAAAGUUCAAUAGCACACAAAAUCCCCAAAUUCUCCAAAAGUGCAUCAGACAGCGCACACAUUUGGAUUUAAUUUUUGGUGUAACUUGUAAUAAAGUGUGUAAAAGUGUAUUAGAUGAAACUUGAUGUUUGGGCUUUCAUUAUUUUGAAUAUUUGAGAAUAAUUUUACCUUUUUAAUUCAAAUUUAUGAUUUUCUUAGCACAGUUUGUAACUUUAGCACAGAACACAUGAUUUUAGGGGUACCCUCUUAUGUCACAGAUUUCAGGUUUGAAGAUGUUUGCUAAAGUUGGGGGGAAAAAAUUUAGGGUUGAAGUUACGCUUGAGUUAGGGAUAGUGAUGUAGCAUUCAGUGUAGGUAAAUUUGUAGAUUUUAGGUUUGAAGUUUAAAAAAAAAAAUUAAUUAAAUUUGAUUAUUUCCUUGAGCCAAUUUAACAUUUUCAAGUUGUGGAAUUUUAUUCAAUAUUUAUUGAUGGUUUUUAAAAAAUUGUUUUUAAGCAAUGCAAUAAAAAAAAACUCUUUAUUUUAUGUAUUAAAAAAAUUCUAUUCUCUUGACAUUGCUUAUUUUCAUUUCUCUCAGUUAGUCAUUAAAACAAUACUUUCUUUCCCUUUUAUGUUUUGAAGCAAAUAUUUAUAGAAGUCCCACGUAUUUCCCUCCAAAUUUAUAUGUAAAAAAAAUCAUGAACCUUUCAUUAUUCUAAAGGUAACUGACUCUUUUUGAAUGGUCAUUUUAAAAGAAAAAAUUAAAAUUUCAGUUCUAACAAAUCUCCUCAUGUCUGACUUGCACCUCUUAGACGUAACAAAAUUAUAUUUUAAAACGUGAACAAACUUCCAUUUGAACUAAUCUCCCUGUUAUGUAGGCGGCAUGUUUACGUCAUAUUUCCCCAUGCUGUGAACUCUAGCAGACCCCAAGUUCGGCUGCGCUAUUAUUAGGGUGUGGCUUACUUAUAUUAGUCUCCCUUUGACCUCAGCUACAAUUAACAAAUCUAUGGCCUGUUUCAUGAUUCGAAUAUUGUAAAAUAUUGUAGAAGGUUUGAGACACGAUUACAAUGUGUAUUCUGUUCUCGAAGGGUCUAAAGAAAUAGGCUAUACAGGUAUAUAAAGCCGAGGAAUUGAACGACAGAUGAGUUAUUUUGAACGUGUGCUAUUUUUGCUAGAGAACUUUGUUUACUGUGUGUGUGUUUAGAUUUCUUUCCAUCAGUGUACCUUUUUUGCGCAUUGUUUUCUUCAACAUUGUAUUUUCUUCUACACUGUACCGGUAUAAGCCAAUAAUUAUUCUGUAAGUCAGUAGCUUUAAUUAUAUUUCUUUUUAAUUUUCUAGUUUAUAAUUAACUUAAUUAAACUUAUUAAUUGUAAUUAGCCCUGCUUUGAGUAUCGUAUUCUUUGUUAUUGUAUUAAACAUUCGGUAUCGUCUUUUGUUGUGUACUGUUUUAAAACGAGCCAUACACCUCAAUAAGAGAUUGAUUUCUCCUUAUUGAUAACAGUACGUAACACUCCCCAUGUCCAACGUGCACCCCUAAGACUUAUCAACCAAAAAAAAAAUAAUUCAACAAAAUUUCUGUACCAUCAAAUUUCUAUGAUAUCAAAUUUCAGUUUGAUAAAAUUUACCAAAUUUACCUUUGACCAAACUUCCGGCAUCAGUUUUCCGUCAACCAAAUUUAUUUCGCACAAAUUUCCUGGUGCGUUCCAAAAUAUGCACUUCAAGGCUGUAGAAAAUUUAAAUAAUUUUUGAGAAUACAAGACAUCAAACCCAAUUCAGUUACAUAUUUAAAAGUGGGAUUUUUAGAUGUUUAGGUGUUGCAAUAGCAGGUAAACUUCCAUUGUUACCCUGGUAACACCAGGUUAUUUUUUCUAGUAUUAUAAUACUGUGCUUAUGAUAUGUACCUAACCUCUAUAUUUAAAUAUUAAAAUAAAGUUAUAAAUUGUAUCAUAAUUACACAACUGAAUGAAUUUUAAAUGUAAUUCACCAUAAAGUAAUUUACACCAAUUAAAAAUUAUUUACCACAUAAUGAUAAUACAUACAUCCUAUAUUCGCUGCCUGUAACUGAAUAAGUGCUUUUGAAACAAUUCUAAGAUGAAGAGUAGCGAGACUAAAGGAGACGCACAUAGAUUAGAUUAGAAUAUUCUAUUUUUAUCUAAAAUUAAAUUCAGUUCUCAUAUAAAUAUUUUCUCCACAAUACAUCAUGCUGAUAAUUGUUGAAGAUUUGCAAACAUAUUUUUACGGCAGUAGAUGCUUGAAAAAUGCAGUUGUUGCAUUAUAAUUAGUUGGGAUGGCUAUAAGGGGCCAUCCAUCAAUGACACACCAUUUUGGCAGAUUUUGGACACCCAUCCCCUCAAACGUCACACAUAGCGACAUCAGUCAUCAUGUGUUAAUGGUCCUUGUAAAAAGAUGAGUGAAGAGUGCACAGGACAAUAAUUGAAAACUCUUCAAAAACAACACCUUGAAAAGAAAGGCAACAAAAAUGCAUUUUGAGUAGUUUUAACACCAGUCUAGGACUCUACAAUCAAUUAGUUGUAAACAAAACAAAAACAAGGAAACUUAAGUUAGAAUUGUUUUGAAUGUUGCUAAAAAGCAAUGCACAUUGACUGUAGAGCCUUACCAUAGCCAUAACUGCGUUGCGGCACACAAAUUUACACCCGCCCCCAACCCAACCUGAGAAUCACAAGUCAUUCUAUUGUUUGAGGAAACUGAGAGGCUCAUAUUAUUUUUGAUGGACCUACAUGCAAGGUGAUUGGGUUUAGCCACAGCCAUACUUUGUACAGGCUCUUUGUCUUUUGAGACAUAAAAUUUCAAUUUUAUCAUAUACUUUUUCUGCAGCAUUAAAAUGUAUGCUCAGGGAAAUGAAACCCAAAACUAAUAUGAGUAAAACUUUCUCUCUGUAAUUGCCACCUUUCCUAUAUGUAGUUGCUAAUUAUUCUCUAUAAUUGUCACCUAUGCUAUAUGUAGUUGCUAAUUAUUCUCUAUAAUUGUCACCCAUGCUAUAUGUAGUUGCUAAUUAUUCUCUGUAAUUGUCACCCAUGCUAUAUGUAGUUGCUAAUUAUUCUCUGUAAUUGUCACCUAUGCUAUAUGUAGUUGCUAAUUAUUUUCUGUAAUUGUCACCCAUGCUAUAUGUAGUUGCUAAUUAUUCUCUGUAAUUGUCACCCAUGCUAUAUGUAGUUGCUAAUUAUUCUCUGUAAUUGUCACCCAUGCUAUAUGUAGUUGCUAAUUAUUCUCUGUAAUUGUCACCCAUGCUAUAUGUAGUUGCUAAUUAGACUGAUACUCUUUAGGUGAGUUGGAAAAUUGCAAAAUAUUUUCAUUGCAAAAAUGUCCCAAUGAGACACUGAUACAAUUUUUUUACAAGUUUAGAUAAAAUAUCACAGUAAUUUAGACUUUGUGAGGUUGUAUUAAAUGAUAUUUAUUUAUUAACCGACUAUUUCUUUUGAAAUCUUCAGAUUGUUGCUGGCAUAAACUAUGCAUUCAAGCUCAACAUCAUAAUCGAUGGUCAGGUCUGUACAGCUUUGAAUGUGCUCUGUUAGCUUCAUAAUCUUUUUCCAUGGCACAUUUAUUUUAUUUUUGUGUUGUGACUAUUCGCUUAAAUAAAGUGAUUAAUAUUUACAGACUCUCGCAUAGAGAGGCAGACAUUUAUUGAUGAACACGAGUCAAAAAUAAAAAUCAGAUCACUGAUUUUCUUUCUGCUCAUGGUUCUAAAAGUUAAUUUCUAUGAAAACAAAUCACAAUCUAAGCAAGUUAUCUUCAAGCUAGUAAUUAAGUUAAAAAUUGAAGUAGAUUUUUGUUUCUUUAAACAUGAAGUAAAGUUAAUAUUUAUUUACAAAUUGUACUCUCAGCCAAAAAUCUGCAUCCUGAAAGUAUCCCAUUUAUACCCUUGGCUGAAUGGAGGACAAUGGUAUGUUUAUUUGGAUAAUCCCGAGAAUACCGUAGACCCCUGCGCUAGUUACAUACCAAAUGCAAGGAAACGCAGGUCAGCACCUCUUCUUGGGGGAGUGCACGAAGCGGCUACUGACGAUAAAGCAAUUCAGGAGGCUGCUUUGUGGGCAAUGGAGCACCUCAACAAAAUGUCCAACUCCAUGUUCCUGAAGGCCAUGCGGAAUAUCAUAAGUGCUACAAAACAGGUUGGCACAUGGUAUCUUUCAGCUCUCUUUAACGUUAUGGGAUUUUACAGCAGAACAGGGUUAAUAAAAUUUAUUUUUGAAGACAUAAAAACAUGGGCUGGGCUUCAAAUAAAUAAAUGUUAAUGGUCUUUAAGAACUCUUAUUCUAUGCUUUACAUUCCUUAAAACACAUGCCAUCACAUUCCAUGAAACACAUGCCAUCACAUUCCAUGAAACACAUGCCAUCACAUUCCAUGAAACACAUGCCAUCACAUUCCAUGAAACACAUGCCAUCACAUUCCAUGAUACACAUGCCAUCACAUUCCAUGAAACACAUGCCAUCACAUUCCUUGAAACACAUGCCAUCACAUUCCAUGAAAAACAUGCCAUCACAUUCCUUGAAACACAUGCCAUCACAUUCCUUGAAACACAUGCCAUCACAUUCCAUGAAAAACAUGACAUCACAUUACUUGAAACACAUGCCAUCACAUUCCAUGAAAUACAUGCCAUCACAUUCCAUGAAACACAUGCCAUCACAUUCCAUGAAAAACAUGACAUCACAUUCCUUGAAACACAUGCCAUCACAUUCCUUGAAACACAUGCCAUCACAUUCCAUGAAACACAUGCCAUCACAUUCCAUGAAACACAUGCCAUCACAUUCCUUGAUACACAUGCCAUCACAAUCCAUGAAACACAUGCCAUCACAUUCCAUGAAAAACAUGACAUCACAUUCCUUGAUACACAUGCCAUCACAUUGCUUGAAACACAUGCCAUCACAUUCCAUGAAACGCAUGUCAUCAGAUGUAACUAAAAAUCUCUCCUCAAAUAAUACUGCAAUGAGGUGCGCACUUCAUGACAAUGUUAUUGUUUCAGGUCAUUAAUGGGUACCGCUACCGUCUGUCCAUCUCUGUGGUUCCUACAAGCUGUCAUAACAGCGAAGUAAAUUCCAAGAAAACUCUCAAGGAAUGUCCAGCCUCUAACGACGCCAAGGUACACAUUUAAAUUUAAUCUAAGAGAAUGUAGAUUAUCAAAAUGACUUUUAUUAAGUAUCUCAUCAUUGUAUCUAGGAUGAUAUGAAACAUACACAAUCACCCUCAGUGACUUCUAUUAAGUAUCUCAUCUUUGCAACUAGGAUGAUAUGAAAUGUACACAAUCGACACAACAAUGCUUGAGGUUAGGUCACAUAUGUGUUCACUUCAGCUACUAAUACAAAUGUUGACUGCCUCAGCUCUAGCCUCUUAAACUAAUCUGACUACACAUUCUACCUAUACAACAAAUACAGCGUCAUGCACGAAUUAAUAACAGUAUCUUUGCAACAAUCUUCUAAUAAGCCGCACCAUAUACCAUAUAAUUAAAACCUACACCAAAAGUCACAAUCAAUGCCCAACCCUUCAGCACCAUAUUCUAGCCUCAACACUUUGGAAUCAAUAAUGCCUAUUACAGGAUAAAAUAAAAGUUUCAGCUAUAAAGACUAAUAUCAAAGUGUGAAAGUAAUUCAGGUUAUAUUUCUUUAGAAAAUAAGAUAAGAUAAGAGAAGAUUCCUUUAUUGAUCCAAAUAAAUGGAAAUGUUUUUUGAUUGCAUUAUACAUCUUCAGCACAUAAAUAAAACAAUUUGAGGACAAGACAUUUAUAAUAAAUUAUCUCAAGCAGCCAUUCAGUGAGUUCUCUUAGCCAAAUCGGGGACUUAUUAGUUCUCAAAGGGAGCACGGCGGUAAAUUCGUACAGAUUGGGGUAAAAACAAGUAAAAGAACUUGGACAAGAAGAAAGGUAGUAAGGUAUAUUAACUAUUUGAAAAAAGACUUAUUAGGAGUGCAUACUUCAAAAUUCAUUAAAAAAAAUAAUAUUUACUCUUUCUGUUUUCCAUUUAGUCAGAAGCUUGUGAUGUUACAGUGACCUCAACAGCAGGGAAAUAUGCCAUGGAGAGCGUCAGUUGCAAGGCUGUAAGCAUCAACAUUUAACUAACAGUAGCAUUGAUCAAAAUAAGAAAUAUCCUUUUUGUACAUUCCCACAAUUAAUCUAUGUCCUCUCUUUAACAUUAUGAGAAAAAAAACCCAUUGAAAUUUAAAAUAAAGAGGGUUGGGAAGAGGAGACUGUUUAAAAAUGUCUUUUUAAACAUUUUUGAUAGAAAUGUUUGCUGUUUUUUUUGGUUCUUUUCCCAGACAUUAAUCUUCAGUAAACUCUGCGACCGUUUUGUUUUGAGAGCAAAAACUGCUGAUUUAAUAUCAUGCAAAGUUGCCUGCUGGUUUUCAUUCUCAGAGGCUGCUUUAUUACUCAGAUUUAUUCUUCUCUGACAUUUGGACACCCCCCCCCCUCCCCCCCCCCUCCUCCUCCUUUGGGUGCUGGGCUGGUUAAUCCAUUACCCUGGGCUUAAUCAUAGAAGUAAACUUUUUGUAGUCAUUAGCCUUUCAAAUUUACCAUUAGGGCUCCAAAAAAAAAAAAUGAUUCUUGCAACAGAAGACUAUUUUAGAAAUAUAUUUAUUUAAUAAUCUCUAUUUCCAGGAACCAGUUUUAUUGGGUCAAAAGCUUGGAGGUGAUGACCAUGAUUAUAAGCCCCAUGGAAUGAUUGGAGGUGGUGACCAUGAUUAUAAGCCACAUGGAAUGAUUGGAGGUGGUGACCAUGAUUAUAAGCCACAUGGGAUGAUUGGAGGUGGCGACCAUGAUUAUAAGCCACAUGGAAUGGUUGGAGGGGGCGACCAUGAUUAUAAGCCACAUGGAAUGGUUGGAGGGGGUGACCAUGAUUAUAAGCCCCAUGGAAUGAUUGGAGGUGAUGAUCAUGACUACAAAAUCCACACUGGCGAUGCUGAAAAUGCCAUCCUUGGUAAAGAUACACAUGAUUAUCUGCCUCACAAAGAUCAGAACAUGGCCUCGGUCAACCUGAGAGAUGCAAUCCUUAAUUUUGGAAGUGGCCAGCCUAACAAUGCUGGGGAUAGUGUACAGCAAAUGAGCAUACCAGUAGACAACUCUGAAUGUGUGCAAUACAAGACUGCUUUUGAGGACUUCAAAGCUAAAUAUCAUCAUCUUUACUCUUCUCAGAAAGGUUUGUACGAGGAUUUUCAGCAAGUCAGUUAAGUUGCGAAUUUUUAUCAGUUGCAGCUUUAUAGAAAGACUCCUAAAAUCCUUAACAACUUUUUUUUUGUUGCUUCAUAAGACCAAGAAAAUGACAGUUCAUAGGAAAAUCAUUUCCAGGUUGAGAAAGUAGUCAAUAAAUAUUAGAUUUAAAUUGUAAUUGUUUGAUGAACUUGUAGACCAUUUACUUAAAAUUGAAAGGAUACAUUUCUUGAUUUUAAAAUGGGGUUGGUAAUUUGAAUUUUAUUUUGAGUGACUAUAUUUGAACUUUGUAGAGGAAGAUCAUAGAUUUCAAGUGUUCUGUGCAAAUAUGGAGAAAGUUAAAGUCAUUCAGAAAGCUGAACAAGGCUCUGGCCAGUAUGGUGCCACCAAAUUCGCCGACAUUUCUGGUAAGUUAAACCAGCAUUGCAUGGACAUUUGAAAAUGUAAUUUUGCCAUAUGCAGUUUUAGGGCUUAGCAAUAAAAUUUGCAAGUUGCUUACAAUUUUUAUUUUAAAAAAAAUUCAUGCCCUUCAUAUGUGUUUCUUCUAAUUUUUUAAGGACCUGAGUGACAAGAAUUGGUUUUGAGAAGAUGAAAAAAAGGGUGUGCAUGCCAUUACAACAAAAAGUAAAAUGUGCAAAUUUGGCAAUUUUUGUGGAGAAGGUCGCUAGCCUCCUCCCCAGAAUUUUGUUAAUAAAUUCAAACCUCAGGGAUGCAUUUUGGUGCAUAUCUGAAUUUAUUUCUGUAUAAUUUCUACACUGAAUCGGAGACAAUAGAAGAAAUCUUCUAUUUUUAGUUAAGAUUUGAGACCCCUAAUUAGAAUUGAAAUUUUUAAAAAUCUGACCAAAAUAGGGCUCUAUAUGCUAUACUGGAGUGUACUGUCACAAAAAAAAUAAAAAAAUAAAGAAGAGUAAAGAAAAUUAAAUGAAGAAUGAAGAAAGAAGUUUCUAUACAUCUGGCCAGCCGCAACAUUUGAAUUGAAAGAAGUGUUGUCUAUGGGCAUUGGUCCCUGUUGAGUGUGACAGACUCACUGUUGGGCUGACACUGCUAGGAACAUAUUUCUCAUUACAUGGCUGGUGUUAUGUAUGACCAACAAAACCUUUUCAGAAAAAGAAGAAUUGCUUUAAUGCUCAUAAAGCUUCUUAUUGCUAAGAUAGUAGCAUACUUUCAUGCAUCAAUAAAUUUUGAUCUUGACUUUGAAUUUUUAGAGGAGGAAUUUAGAAAGUUUUACCUUGGCUUUAAACCCAUCCAAUCUGCUCGUAAGUGGCCAGCGGCUAAGAUCCCCACAGACCCAAUUCCUGAUGCCUGGGACUGGCGUGACCAUGGGGCAGUAACUCCAGUGAAAAAUCAGGUAAAUUUGUUUCGGACGAAUACUAUGUUUAACUCAUUCCCUAUGGCUGUGCUUAAUAUAGAUAGAUAGAUAUAUUUGUUAAUUUUUUUCAAACAAAGGGAAGUAACCCCAUUUUGCAAAGGAUUUACAUUUGUGAAAUAUUAACAAAUCAAGGAUAAUUUCAGCCAGAAAUGGAUAAGCUUUAACCCAGCAACUGUCAAAAGCAAACAUGCUUUGGUGUAAACUCUGUUGUAGCAAACUAGAUUUGUAUUACUAAAAAACCUAAACUAAUAGAGCAUGAAUCAAGUAUAGAUAUUCUUAUAGUAAAUUGGACAAGUAUUCAUGAGCUAUGAGUUUGGGAAUCCUGUAAUCUAGGUCAAAUGAAUAUGACGACCUUUCAACAGUGUGUACAAUUGUGCUACUGUUUAUCUUUUUUCAACUCACACCCACACUGACUGUUAGGUCUUUUUUUUUUAUCAAAAUAAGUUUUUUUAGACACUUAAUUAAGCAUUAUACUUAAUAAAAAAAAUUGUUUUUGACCUACAUAUUUCUUAAUAUAAUGCCUAUUAAAUUUAUUAGCACCCUAUUUUCCAAUUCUUUUGCUACUAGAACUCAAACUGUUAUUAGAGCUAGGCCCACUAUCGUCAACAUCACUACAAAACUAUCUUGAAAAGCACCUUCAUAAAGAAAUAAUUCAAAUACACUUGGCUUUAGUUUUUCAGGGCUAACUUUUGAGUCCUAAAUGUUAGUUUAAAAAAAAAUAUAAAAAUUUCAGCUUGAUUAAAAAAAAUGAACAUGAAAUAAUCCCUUAGUUUUCUAUAAAUUGGAAGUAAAUCAAAUAAUUUGUUAUAGUAGUCCCCUUUUAAAAACACAUAAAUCCUCUGUAGUUAUAAUAUUAAUUUUAGUAGAGGCUGAUUAUAAGGGCCGUGACACAACAGAAGCAGUCAUAACUGCCGAUGAUCUGCUAUUAUAUAUAUUCAUGGGUUAAGAAAAAUAUAACAUAACAACAAAAAUGUGCCUAAAUCGAGCACCUGGUACAAAUACAUGCUAGAUGUAGGCACAUAAUAAAGCACACACAGAUUAAAAAUGAAACAAAGUAAAAAUUUCUUCAGUUUUAUUUUAUUGCAAUCCCAUUAUAAUCAGGCAAUCACCAGAAGUCUCGAGAGAUGAUUGAUUUCAUUGCCAUUUUAAAAUACAAAAGUGAGAGGUGUCAGGACGUGUCGGCUUGCACUUGGACACAUCCAUUCGAACCACUCGAGGACACAUUUAGUCGCAACUGUAGGGAAUGGUUUAAAUUGUUUGUAUUGUGUUGAGAAUAAUUGUUCACUUUUGAGAUGUACCAUUUGAAAAGUUCUCAGAAAGGUAAUGUAAUGUUAUAAAACAAAAAUGAUUCAAGUAAACUUAUAUUUGCAAUCCAGGGCAUGUGUGGCUCUUGUUGGGCUUUUUCAACCACUGGCAAUAUUGAAGGUCAGUGGGCCAUCAACUCUGCAUCACGGAAACUUCUCUCCCUCUCUGAGCAAGGUUUGUCAUGAUAUUUUAAUGUAAAAAUAUUUUUGUAUGCCUACUUAACAAUGACUUUAAAAAAAUCCAGUCUCUGAAAUAGAUGUCAAAGAUUUUUUAGGUCCCAAAUAAAAAAAAAAAUUGAUUCCUAUAAAAAAAUCCAUUCUUUGAAAUAGAUGUCAAAGAUUUUACAUGUCCCAAAGAAAAAAAAUUCAAGCCUUUAAAAAACAUAUUUUCACCAGCACAUGUGCCCCUGAACAAACCCAUUAAUUCAUUGUUUACAAAGUAAAUAGAGAAAGUACUAGCUUGGAUCAAAGUCCAAUAGUAGUUGGUGUGAUCGUCUUGCUAACACAUGAUUCAUAAACUGACUGAAACCCUACAAGGAAGUAGAAUUUGAUCAGAGUUCCAUUUAAUGAGCAAUAAUAUUGUUUGUGUUUUAAGCAUCCUUUAAAAUGAAAUGUAUAGAUUUGAACUUGCAAUAGUGACAUAAUUAUAUCACCAUUACUUAUAAAACUAAUAAACAUAUAUCAAAAUAGUAAAUAAUAAAACACAAUUGGAAUAAUUAAUGGUCUUAACUCCUAUUGCUUCUAUAUUUUUUGCUUUAUCAGUAAAAGAUUUUUAUUUCCUUGUUAAUUUUAUAAGAAAAAUAAGAUAAUAAUUAGGAUGUCAAAUUUUUUUCCCUGUUAGAACUGGUGGACUGUGAUAAAGAGGAUGAAGGUUGUAAUGGUGGACUGCCAUCCCAGGCUUAUGAUGCCAUCAUGAAACUUGGUAGGAUUUUUUUAUAUUUAGUCUUAUAAUUCAAGCCAUGAAUUUGUCAGUUUUCGCCAGUCUUGCAGCCUUGUGGUAGGGCUUCCUUCUUGGCUGCCAUUUUUUAAAGCCUAGUUUAUUUGAUGAUUGGAGGCUUGUCUAUUGAUAUUGUUUGGCAGAACUUAAGUCAAAUCAAUUCUUUACUUUAUGAUAUUGUAUUGUAAUUUUAAAAAGAUGUGAAAGAUAAACAUUUGUCUUUUAAUUUGAUUUCAUCACUAUGACAUCAUUUCCAGGUGGCAUUGAGACAGAGAAUGACUACACAUACGAGGGUAAGGAUGACAAAUGCAAGUUUAACCAAUCAGAAGUUGUCGUCAAACUCACUGGAGCUGUCAACAUCAGUCAGGACGAAAAUGGUAAAAUUUCUUCAUUGUUGGGAUCACACAUGUUACAACAAUUUAAUUAAUUAUAGACAUUUUUUUGUUUUUAUUCAAGUCGUGUUUUAAUUAUUUAAACACAAAAUUAGUAUCGGUGUCCUAGUGUUGCCCUCAGAUGGCCCAAUGACUAUAAAUGUUACAUCUUUACCCUCAGAUGGCCCAAUGACUAUAAAUGUAACAUCUUUGCCCCAAGAUGGCCCAAUGACUAUCAAUGUAACAUCUUUGCCCUCAGAUGGCCCAAUGACUAUCAAUGUAACAUCUUUGCCCUCAGAUGGCCCAAUGACUAUCAGUGUAACAUCUUUGCCCUCAGAUGGCCCAAUGACUAUAAAUGUAACAUCUUUGCCCUCAGAUGGCCCAAUGACUAUCAAUGUAACAUCUUUGCCCUCAGAUGGCCCAAUGACUAUCAAUGUAACAUCUUUGCCCUCAGAUGGCCCAAUGACUAUAAAUGUAACAUCUUUGCCCUCAGAUGGCCCAAUGACUAUAAAUGUAACAUCUUUGCCCUCAGAUGGCCCAAUGACUAUAAAUGUAACAUCUUUGCCCUAAGAUGGCCCAAUGACUAUAAAUGUAACAUCUUUGCCCCAAGAUGGCCCAAUGACUAUCAAUGUAACAUCUUUGCCCUCAGAUGGCCCAAUGACUAUCAAUGUAACAUCUUGGCCCUCAGAUGGCCCAAUGACUAUCAGUGUAACAUCUUUGCCCUCAGAUGGCGCAAUGACUAUAAAUGUAACAUCUUUGCCUUCAGAUGGCCCAAUGACUAUCAAUGUAACAUCUUUGCCCUCAGAUGGCCCAAUGACUAUCAAUGUAACAUCUUUGCCCUCAGAUGGCCCAAUGACUAUAAAUGUAACAUCUUUGCCCUCAGAUGGCCCAAUGACUAUCAAUGUAACAUCUUUGCUAUAUAUUUUUUGACAGAAAUGGCUGCCUGGUUGUACAAGAAUGGUCCUAUCUCCAUUGGUAUUAAUGCCUUUGCCAUGCAGGUAACAUGUUGGCCCCAUUAACGGUCUAAUUUAACACAAUACAUAUCAUGUUAUGGAGUGACCUAUUUCUAGCUACCUAUUGUGUUAUUUAAGAAAAAUUAUAGUUUUUAAUAUUAAUAUAUUAAUCCUUCAUUCCAGAGAUUAAUGCAUGCUCAUAAUUGAUUAUGGAGUGUGGGUAUUAAUAAAUAUGCAGGUCCAGUUGUGCCUCCUUCAAUCACAUUAGAGCUAAAACUCAAAUCUUAAAGGUUUUGAACAAGGCAUAAUUUAUAUAUUUAAUAAAAAUGUGUGAUUAGUAUUAGUAUAUGUAUUACUGUAUUUCCUUCAGUUUUACAUGGGUGGCAUCUCUCAUCCUUGGAAGUUAUUCUGUAGCCACACAAGUCUUGACCAUGGAGUGCUCAUUGUUGGAUAUGGAAGUAAGUAAACUCUUGAAAGGAUUGAUUCCUGUGAUUCUUUUUUUUUUUAAAAAUGCAUACCCCAACAGCUUUUUCUUGUAGCAUGUAUGAUUAAUUAAAUCUUCAUUUUAUUAGUUAAGGUAACCCCAGGUUUCUAGCUUCCGUUUAAACAGGUUGAUGACAGUGCAAUGGUCAGUCUACUUUGUAAGGGGAAAUUAAAGUAUAAAAUAAAAAACAAAAUCUUAUGUUAACCAGUGUGUAAAAAAUAUGUUUCUUUACCUUCUCCCAUAAAAUUAUUUAUCUCUAUGUGUUCAUGUUCACCUCUGUGUUCAUGUUCACCUCUGUGUUCAUGUUCACCUCUGAGUUCAUGUUCACCUUUGUGAAGGGUUACCAACCCAAUGACCUAAAAUUUACGGCAUUUUUUACGAACUGACAAAUUUAAGUAUCGAUACAUUUUAAAAAAAAAUAUUCAUAUUCUUUACACCUCUGUUCAUGUUCACCUCUGUGUUCAUGUUCACCUCUGUGUUCAUGUUCACCUUUGUGUUCAUGUUCACCUCUGUGUUCAUGUUCACCUUUGUGUUCAUGUUCACCUUUGUGUUCAUGUUCACCUCUGUGUUCAUGUUCACCUCUGUGUUCAUGUUCACCUCUGUGUUCAUGUUCACUUUUGUGUUCAUGUUCACCUUUGUGUUCAUGUUCACCUCUGUGUUCAUGUUCACCUCUGUGUUCAUGUUCAUCUCUGUGUUCAUGUUCACCUCUGAGUUCAUGUUCACCUUUGUGAAGGGUUACCAACCCAAUGACCUAAAAUUUACGGCAUUUUUUACGAACUGACAAAUUUAAGUAUCCAUACAUUUAAAAAAAAAAAUAUUCAUAUUCUUUACACCUCUGUGUUCAUGUUCACCUCUGUGUUCAUGUUCACCUCUGCGUUCAUGUAUGUUCACCUUUGUGUAGGGUUACCAACCCAAUGACCUAAAAUUGACGGCAUUUUUUACGAACUGACAAAUUUAAGUAUCCAUACAUUUAAAAAAAAAAAUAUUCUGAUUCUUUACACCUCUGUGUUCAUGUUCACCUCUGUGUUCAUGUUCACCUCUGUGUUCAUGUUCACCUUUGUGUUCAUGUUCACCUCUGUGUUCAUGUUUACCUCUGUGUUCAUGUUCACCUCUGUGUUCAUGUUCUUCACCUCUGAGUUCAUGUUCACCUUUGUGAAGGGUUACCAACCCAAUGACCUAAAAUUUACGGCAUUUUUUACGAACUGACAAAUUUAAGUAUGGAUACAUUUAAAAAAAAAAAUAUUCAUAUUCUUUACAACUAUGUUUCUAUUGCUUUAUUUUAAUACAUAUGACAGUGUGGCAUGAGCUUAUUUUAUAGCGUAGUGUAUAUUGUAUUGUUAUCUCAUCCGUGUUGAAUUUCUUCUGAGUAUGAUCAUGCAGAACGAGUUUAAAGCAAGCAAGAAGAAAUCACAAACCCUGCAAUUUUGCAUAUUGUUUAUCUUCUCUUCAAAAGAUUUUUGUACGAUGUCAAAUUAUUUUAUGGACAGCUUAAAGUUUCUACGGACUUCUACUGACAGGUCACUUUAGGUCAUCCCCAAACUGUCGUUAAAUUUACUGCCGGUUGGCAACCCUGCCGCUGUGAAAGUUUUUUACGUUUUGUUUGUUUCCUCACAUGCUGUUUAUGUCCUCCACAGAGAAAGGCAAUGAGCCAUACUGGAUUGUCAAAAACAGCUGGGGUGAACACUGGGGUGUCAAGGUCAGUUUUACUUUAUGAUAGAUUCAAUAAGUUGAGACAAAAUUCUGUACACAUGCCGUCCAUUGAUGAAGAGCACUUUUGAAUUUUUCAUAAUUAGCUGUAAUUAAAAUGUUCUUGCUUUGCAAUGUUAUAAUUAAAAUGUUCUUGCUCUGCAAUGUUAUAAUUAAAAUGUUCUUGCUCUGCAAUGUUAUGAUUAAAAAGAAACCUCUCAUUCUUAAAUGGGGACUAAAUCUGAUCCUGCUGGAAAUCUACUCUUAACAAUAAUUGUUAAUUUGAAGCUCAUGGUUGAGCCUAGUGACUUGAACUGAGUGAAGCAUGUUUGAAUUUCAUUUCUAUUUCUAUUGUAAAAACAAUUAACCCAAAAAAAAACAAAACAAAAAAAUGUAGUGCUCAAAGUCUUUCUGUUGAAACGGAAACGUUUACAUAUUUUGAAACAUGUAUUUGUUUUUAAAAAUGUCAUUAAUGAAUUCAUUUUAUUUGAAUGCAUGCUCUUAUUUUGCAGGGUUACUACCUAGUGUACCGGGGUGAUGGAACCUGUGGUCUCAACACCAUGUGUACCUCAGCUACAGUCAAUUAAAGGGCUGUAAACAAGUGUGCCAUUUUUAUUUUAGUUUUUUAUUCCUGAGUUUUCCCCUUUUAAUGUUUUAUUUUUGUGCUCUCUUCGCUGCAUCAUCUCCACAAAAAGGCUUUUUAUUUUAUUUUACCUUUCUCAGAUUUUAUUGGAUACAAUGAUGAUUUAAAUUUAAAAUAUCAACAAUGUGAUUUUUUUUUUUUUUCCUAAUCUUUGUAUCUAAGAACCCAAUAAUGAUUGGAUUAAUCAACUUAUCAUGGGAUCCUAAUGCCUUCUCUAUUGAUGAGGGGUCCCAAAACCGUCUGGGCUGGGUUCCAGAAAUAUGAGUUCUUUUAACUUGAAAGAUAUUUUUUGGAAAAAGAUUCUGAUGCAAAUAUUUUUAAAAAUAUUAUCUUCUUACUGCACUUGAUGCUGGUAAGUCUUGAAUUUAGUCAUGGGAAGAAAUGAUGUGAAAUUUUUAACACUAUUUUUAUUAGUCAUAUUUUGUACACUUUUUAUAGCUACAGCUUAGCUUAUAGAUCAUAUUCCAAAGUUAGAAAGUUUGCUAGUUCCAUAACUUUAGCAUCCAGGGUUAUUGAGAUUCACUUGUCACUUUCUAGGUUUAUUUGAUUGUCAUAUACUUAUAACUUUAAAAAAAAAAAUUAUUUGAACAAGCAUAAAAGAUUUUUAUUGAGAUAAGAUAUAAUUUUUUUAAUUUUUCUUAAUGUAAAGGAAUAUUUUAGAUUUAAAUUUUGGAAAAAAAACAAUCGGUGCCCUAGUUGUUGCUUACGUAACUGCACUGUACCUCUUCUUGCGCGCCAACAAUCUUCUUACAUCUAUAAACUUGUACACAUCUAUAAACUUGUACAUAAAUAGUCUGCAUUCCAUUUGAGAUUAAUUUGUUACAAACCUAACCAAUAAAAAAUAACCAAUGUGUGCUAGUCAGUUGCCAGGUUGCCAGGUUGUCAGCUUGUCAAUUGUCAUUACCAAGAAAAGAGUAAAAGAAAACAAACCUGAAAAUUAGAAAUUAUGGAAAAAUUCAAAUGUCUUGGCUCACUCCAUAUUUAUUGAAAUCCCUCAUUUUGAGCACUUUCAGGCUAAUUCCAGUGUUUUUAUUAUACAUGAUUUGAUCACUGCUUUCACAAGAUUUUUCCUCUCUAUUUUUACUUCAAAUUACUGCAUAAACUUCUCAUGACUUAGUCAUGGCAAGGAUAGACACUAACAAGAAGUCAAGGUCUUUUUACAUGUGUGAAAUUUUACAUUUUUGGAUUUCAAUUUUGUCAGUAGUGAAACUUUUUUUCCCAUGUCUCUUAACAUUGUAUUUAACAUUGGCUAAAAAUGUGAGUGAAUUAAUUAAAGGAAUUUAAUGUGACCCUGAAAGCAAUAAAAAAAUUUAUGUGACACCUUU